GCAAACCCAGUACAGAUGCCGAAUAUUUAGGAAAAAUCGUUUCUAAAACUCCAGGUACAGAACACUGUUUAAGUGAAUGGGGAAUGCCUCCCACAGACACCUUGCUGUAUAGUUUGCAGGGACACCUGCUGUAGCAUCAGUUCAGACCCUUAAUACUUGAGUCAAGGAUGUUAUGUUUUAAGUGACUGUGUCACGGGUUCUGACCUGCCAUUUACGUAAGGGAAUUAUGUAAUUGUACAAGUAUGCAUAAUUUUGUAACAAAAUCCAAAAUCAAGUGUAACUGAAAAUAUGCUGCUCAAUUCACAUCAAUUGAACAUAUUUUAACUUUUUUAAAAAGCUAUUAAUAUACAUUUGUCUUUUUUUUUUACUGUAGGCAUUUUUUUUUUGUGCUUUAGUGGUAUUUUGAGCUGCAAAGAAACUGACAUGAUCUCAUUGACCAAGUCGUGCUGUUCAGCUGACAUCCACAAGAGGUCUAUAUACAUUAAUGAAUAAAAAAAAUUAUCCUGAGUAUUUUUUUUUAGUAAAUUAAGCAAUCAUGAUUUCCCCCCUUCAUAUGAAUGGUAGUGUCAAACUAGUCAAAAUAACUGUUGGCUGGUGUAACAUUUAAGGGAUACAAUGGACAAAAUCUACAUUUCAUGUAGCUUACUAAUAGCAUCAAUACGGAAUUCAAUAUUUUCUCCGUUUUGAUGAUAGACGUUGUGUCACUAUGCAACGCUUCAGAAAAAUUGCAACAAGGUACUGUACGUUUUAAAAAAUUAAGCUUUAGUUGUACACGCAAGAGGAAAUAUGCAUAGGCUACUCGUCUGUUAUUAAUGAAAAGCUGCUACAUGCUGCUUCAAUUCAUAUGCUCGAGAGUUCUUGCGCUGACGCACAAGCCAGGUUGUCAAGGCAACGUGGCUGUGUUGGUAACUUGAGUGACGCUAAAAAUGCACCCUACUACCCAAGACCGCAAAACAAAUGAGCACGAUUAGCAUAAAUUCGGAUUCCAAAAAUCCAUCCGACAUGAAAGGAGAAUGAGAUGGCGGACGCCUCGUUCGCCGCGCAGCCUCAUUCUGAGCUCAGUCGGACCAGACUGGUGAAACGUCCCGUAAGGAAUGCACGUGACCAGGCCAAAGUCCUCCAAAGGGCGCAGCAGACCGGCACUGAACCACACCAAAAGCGCCGACAUCAGUGCCUACCGCGAGUGCCCCGUCACCCCCCGGCCCCCGUCCGAGCGGGCUGCCCGCUCCGCCCGGCCCGCCCGCGCCCACGCCUUCCUGAGGCAGAGCAGCGCCGUUACCGCCCAGGAGGCCACCGCGCUCCUGCAGGAGGCCCUGGCCCCGCCCACCCUCAGCCUCAACAGGUACAGGGUGCUCCCCUCCAUUGAGAGGAAGGGGUCCGGCGACCCGGAGUCCUUCCGGGGCCUGGAGCAGAAGACCUCCAAGCUCAGCCUCUCCGACGACCUGAUGGUCAGUUCCCGACGCGGCCACCGGGGGCAGCAGCUCUCAAAGUUCCACGCCUCUCGGAGCAACCCAGAGAUGGGCGGGGCGCUAGGUCGCGGGGCCCCGAGGCCGCCCGACCCGAGGUCCGAAGCAGAGUGCGAGGCCGCGGAGGCCGAGGGCCUCGGGAUGGCCCCCUCUGCCGACCAGCUGGGCCUCCUGCUGGCCGUCCGCUCCCCGUGCGGUAGGAGGCUCCAGCGGCGCUUCCUCCCCACGGACACGUUGCGCGCGGUGCUCGCCGCCGCGGAGGACGCGCACGGCGCGCGGUACGGACGGGCCGUGGUCCAGACCGUGGAGGUGCCGCGCAGGAGCUUCGCAGACCUGAACGUGACUCUCGCCCAGUGCGGGAUCCAAAACCGCUCGGUUCUCUGCAUCUCCAAGGAGGACGACGGCUCCACCGACUCCACAUGAAAACCAGUGGGGCCCAGAUGCUAAUCAGCAGAAACACUCCUGCUGGUAUCAGAAAUGCAACGGACACUUUAAACGCCUUUUUUUUUUAUGUAAUGGGAGGAAGAAUCUUUCGUCUCAUUUGAUGUCACAGUAUGAGCUCUGCAACACAAUCGGGUUAUGAUCUUUUCUAUAUUUGCUAAACAAAACCGGAUAUGCCAGGUACUUUUAUGGAGUAAUUUAUGAAAUCAUGUCAAAUUUUACAAAAACACUUGCUACACAUGAUAAAAUCAAUAGAACCAGACACAGCUACGGUCAAAUAUGGCUUUGUUCAAUUUAAUAAUGAAGAUACUGUAAUCAAGAAUGGAAUUCAGCAGAAAUGUACACUUUAAAAAUCUGAAGGUACAUUUUUUUAUAUGUAAGUUUUGGUGCAUUAUAUGAAUGUUUUCCUUAUGACUAUUUGUAAUUACAAAUGAAUAUGACCUGGUUUUCCUGUACUUUAGUAUUCCAAAGCUUAUUGGGGUUUUGAAUAAAUUGAACAGGUUCUAAGA